UUGAAGAAAAUUUUCACAAUUUCGCCAAAAAGACCUGAAAGGGAGGCCAUCUAUUUUAGUUGGCAGAAGUGCUACGGAAAUUACAUCGCCACAAAUAGUGCAGACAGCUGUGUUCAGAUUCAUAACAAAAGGGGGGAUCUUGUAGAAGAGCUUAAUAUGCCAGGUAUAUGUACAGGAUUUGCCUGGAUGAAGGAUGGCAGCAUAUUGAGUCUCAUAAACAACAAAAAUGGCGUUAUUUGGUUGUGGAGUGCCAGUAAAAAUGACGUCACGUUUGUCGAAAGUGGCUUUAGAGAUAAAGACACACUGACAUUUUCACUAUGGUCCAAAAUCAGCCAACAUUUAGCGGUUGGAACUUUGAAAGGAAACCUUUUAAUCUAUAACCACCAAACUACCAAGAAAAUCCCAAUUUUGGGAAAACACACCAAGCGGAUAGUAACGGGAGCGUGGAACAAGGAAAAUAUCCUGGCUCUAGGAGGGGAUGAUAAGGUCCUGACCGUCUCGAACACGGACGGAGACACGAUAAAUAGUGUGGCCGUCGAUGGGGAAAUCAGGGAUGUGCAAUUUUCCUCCAUGAAAAGGGAUGAGAGAGUUGAUGCUGAAAAUACGGUGAGCUUAGUGAAGAAUCGCAAGUCUUUGUACCUUUACGAUAUUACAGACGCCCAUCAACCUCUGGAGAUAAAAUUCAAAGACAGUUACGGCGACAUUGUUGCUUACAAUUGGCAUGGUGACGGGUACAUCAUAAUGGGCUUCAGCAAUGGCUUCUUCAUCAUCGUCUCGUCUCAUUACAAAGAGAUCGGACAAGAGAUAUGUCAGGUCCGUGAUUUCCGGGAUUACCUCAGCUUCAUUUCCGUUUCCUCGUCCAUCAACAUCAUUGCCACGGCAGGUGAUGAUAGCGUCAAGCUUCACGAAACAAACGACCCCAAACAGACGGCAUCGAUCAUUCAAAUCGCCGACCAAUCAAAACUCGAGCGCAUAAAGUGGUCGGACGACGGCCAGCUGCUGGCGGUUUCGUCAUCAUCGCCGACACCGCGAGUGCACGUGUACUUAGCGAGUGUGCCCGUACUUGGCGCGUGCUUUCGUACUACUGUGGCACACUUGACUUCUCUGAGAGAAAUAACCUUGGAGAAUCCGGCUGACGGGGGUCAGUCGCGAACGUACAUGGUGGAAGUGGAACCGUCCUUCAUUGGACUGGGAGCAAAUCAUUUGGCAGUCGGGAUGAACAACACUGUCCUGUUCUACGGCUUCAAGAAGAAUGCUUUAGUAAAAGUAGAAGAGAAAGAAUACCUAUCAAGCAUUCAAUCCAUCAAACUGAACGACAAGUAUGUCUCCGCCCACUCCGAUGGCAAACUCGUCCUCUCAUUGGUCAGUUCAUUUUUUUCUAUUGACCAGCAGCAGCAACAACAACAACAGCAGCAGCAACAACAACAGGCAAAAAUUACAAGUCACCAUUUAACGACAGAUUUUCUAAUAUAUACGACUGACAAAGGUACCAUCAACUAUUUUCACCUGGCUGAUUGGUGCCCUAUUUUGGAGUACCACCAUAUUUGUCACGUGACCAAGAGCCAACCAGAUGUUUCCGGUGGUAGGGUUGUGCUGGUUGACGAAAAGGGCGAUUGUGCGCUAUAUCAUGCGUUCUUCGAUAGCAUCCUACCGAUCCAUGAUACGCCGCAGAAAGUUGCUGGAGUGCUCUGGGAUGAAUGGUCGCAUGAUAAGAACAUCUUCAUAAUAUACGAUCGUGACAGCAUACAUACGUACUGCCACCUGAGAGAGACACUGAAAGGACCUCAGGUAAUUUUGGCGGGAACGACAAAACUUCCAUACAACCACCAACCAAUUUUACUCUUGGCGGGAAAUCUAACCUUGUUAACUCCUUCCGGUUCGACUACUGACCUUUACCUAUCAUCUCACCCAAAUUACAACAACAACAAUAAUAAUAUUAUUCAUAAUAAUCAUAAUAAUAAUUAUAAUUAUGGCGGUUUCGGUGAUGCCUAUUUUGCUUGCCAGCUACUGAACAAUUCAGAAAUGUGGGAGGAGUUAGCCAGGAGUGCAAUCAACUCAUUGGAUGUCGAGAUUGCAAUGAAAGCUUGUCAAGCUGAAGGGAACAUCGGCAAUGCACUGGCUCUCCAGAAUUUGUUGUUGAUGGAAGAUAAGCAGUUGCUGACCGGCUACUUGUGCAUGCUCAUUGGGGAUUUCGACGCUGCCCAAGAAAUGUUCAUCCACUCUGUCAGACCAAUGGCUGCUCUGGAGAUGAGACGUGACCUGAUGCACUGGGACCAGGCCCUCGAACUAUCGAAGAGUUUGGACCAAGGACAGCUGCACCUGAUAUCGAAAGAGUACGCUCAGCAACUGGAGUUUGUUGGCGAUUAUGCCAACUCACUCAAACACUACCAGCAGGGUAUCACGAAGGAUCCAGAGCAGCAGGAGCAUGACGAGGCCUGCAGGGCUGGAGUGGCUAGGAUGAUGAUAAGGAAUGGUGAUAUCAAUAAAGGCAUGACCGUAGCCAUUAAGAUGGGCUCGAAAAAUGUUCUGAAAGAAUGUGCUAUAAUACUGGAGAGUAUGAAGCAAUACUCGGAGUCUGGAAGUCUUUUUGAGAGAGCUUGCCUGUACGAUAGAGCCGCUACCGUUUACAUCAAGGCGAAGAACUGGUCAAAGGUCGGGGAAAUUCGACCUCAGGUGACCUUGACGAAAGUUCACUCGCAGUACGCCAGGGCUCGAGAGGCAGGGGGCAGUUUCAAAGAGGCUGCCAGGGCCUAUGAAGAUGCUAAAGAUUGGUGCAAUGCCAUAAGAAUGAAUUUAGAACAUUUGAAAAACCCGGAAGAGGCGAUUAGGAUCGUGAAGAUGAGCAACUCAUUGGAAGGCGCCAAAAUGGUUUCCAAGUUUUUCGAGAACCUCAAAGAUUAUUCCACAGCCAUUCAGUUUCUAGUUCUCUCCAAAUGCAACGACGACGCGUUCCGAUUGGCUCAGAAGCACGGUCACAUGACUAAAUACGCCGAUAUUAUUGGUGAUGACGCCAAGCAGGACGACUACAAAAGCAUAGCCGUCCAUUUUGAAAAUGAAAAUAAUCAUUUCUUGGCGGGAAAGUUCUACUUUUUGGCGGGUUAUUACAACAAGGCAAUCAAUCACUUACUGGACCCCUCCCUUAAAUCACGUGACGACGCAAUCAACAUGGCGGUCGAUGUGGCCGGUCAAUCUAAUGACCAACAAAUUUUUAAGCGCCUUAUUGGCUAUUUAAUGGGUGACCAAGACGACGAACCUAAGGAUCCUAAAUUCCUUUUCCGGUUGUACAUGGUGCAGAAAAAAUACAAAGAAGCUUCGAGUAUCGCUAUCAUCAUAGCAAGGGAGGAGCAAAAUAAUGGUACUUACAGGACCGCCCACACACUUUUGUUUGACAUGUCCAAUGAACUGAGGAAAAAUAAAUUGAGAGUUCCACAAGAAAUGCUCCACAAUCUCAUGCUCCUUCAUAGCUACAUACUCGUUAAGAUAUUGAUAAAGAUGGGCGAUCAUUUGAAAGCUGCCAGGAUGCUCAUCAGAGUAGCCAAUAACAUCUCCAAAUUCCCGUCACACGUGGUACCUAUAUUGACCUCGACCAUAAUUGAGUGUCAAAGGUCAGGGCUCAAGUUGAGUGCAUUUACGUACGCUUCUAUGCUCAUGAGGCCGGACUAUAGAGAUAAGUUGGAUCCCAAGUAUAAAAAGAAGAUUGAAGGUAUUGUAAGGUGGCCAGAGAAAAUAGAGUUGGACCCGCAGCUAUCCGAAUGUCCGUUUUGCGGUUUCAACUUGUCCGAGACCGAGCUGACGUGCAGCGCCUGCAAGAACAAUAUACCGUUUUGCAUCGCUUCUGGCCAUCACGUGGUUAAAGAUCAGACGACAGUGUGUCCUUCUUGUAAUUUUCCCGCCAUCAUUGAGGAACUACUCAGGGUAUUAAAGUCUGAAGAUUCAGCCUGUCCAAUGUGCGGCGAUAAGGUUGAUCCCUUGGACGUGCAGAAACCAAUGGAGAUGAACAAGAUUCUGCAAUUUUUAGAAACUGAUUGA